AACCUCUGAGGUCCCUUUAGCUUUUAUUUAAGUAGCUCCUGUUUCCCAAAAUAAGAGGGCUGGAGCACAGAGGCCAGACCGGCCAACUUAGGGUACAGCACAGGUCGGGGGCAGUCGCCUGAUCUGGAGCGAGAGGUACCCGCAUUCUGCAGGUGCAGGGACUGUGAUCCAGCAUCCCGCCGCCUCCUCGCUCCGGCUCCCAAGAGGGCGGGAACCGCGGCGUUGAAGGGUGCGGGGCUUGGCUUCAGAAACACAGAUCAAGUGUAUUUCAGGCGGCAGACAUCAAUCCAGUUGGGUGCUCACACCUGGCCCGGGGGAGGGGAAACAGCAUCCAUAGGAACCACAGGGCGGAGAGGAGCCCCUCAUUUGGGACGCUAGAGGGCUGCUCCAGCUUGACUAGGUCCCACUGCUUUUCUGUGAUUGCUUCUUUACCCCGCCCAUCAUUCCAGUACUCUAUUCCGAUUGGCUUUUCGGUCUGCCACUAGGUUCCGCCGCGCUGAUCCCCAUUGGCCCCCUCCGGUUGAGGCCCCGCCCAGCGAGCUGGGCACGGGCACUCGGGCGCGGAGGAGACAGAGCCCGGCGCUUGAUCUGGGCUGGGGGGAGGCGGUGGCGGCUGAGGGAAGGAGGAGGACAAGGAGGAGGAACGAGGCCAGCAGGAGGCACCGGCAGCGACGGGGCCGGGGUGAUGUUGCAGGUGCCCGGGGUCGGCGCGGAGCUGCCGGGCUGAGGGACGCCUGGUCCAGGGUCCGCAGCGUCGCCGCGUCGCUCCCGGGCGGGCGGGCGGGAAGAUGCUGAGCAGGUUGAUGAGCGGCAGCAGCAGGAGCCUGGAGCGCGAGUACAGCUGCACCGUGCGGCUGCUGGACGAUAGCGAGUACACCUGCACCAUCCAGAGAGAUGCCAAAGGCCAGUACCUGUUUGACCUUCUUUGCCACCACCUGAACCUACUUGAGAAAGACUAUUUUGGUAUCCGCUUUGUAGACCCAGAUAAGCAGCGGCAUUGGCUGGAAUUUACGAAGUCUGUGGUGAAGCAAUUGAGAUCCCAGCCUCCAUUCACCAUGUGCUUCCGUGUGAAGUUUUAUCCUGCAGACCCUGCUGCUCUGAAAGAAGAAAUAACCAGGUAUUUAGUCUUCCUCCAGAUCAAAAGGGAUCUCUACCACGGCCGUCUCCUCUGUAAAACAUCAGAUGCUGCCUUGUUAGCAGCUUACAUCCUUCAAGCGGAGAUUGGGGAUUAUGACUCAGGGAAACACCCUGAAGGCUACAGCUCCAAGUUCCAGUUUUUCCCUAAACAUUCAGAGAAGCUGGAAAGGAAAAUUGCCGAGAUUCACAAGACAGAACUCAGUGGUCAGACACCAGCAACAUCAGAGCUGAACUUCUUAAGAAAAGCACAGACAUUGGAAACAUAUGGAGUGGAUCCUCACCCAUGUAAGGACGUGUCAGGAAAUGCUGCAUUUCUGGCCUUCACUCCUUUUGGGUUUGUUGUUCUUCAAGGAAACAAGAGGGUCCACUUCAUUAAAUGUAUCCUGUUUGCCUCUUUUACUGCAGCCAUUCACUGGGCUGGUGGCUUCAAGGAUUUUUCUACAAUAACCCCUAAGCCCCUUUCCUGGAAUGAGGUGACCAAGCUGAAAUUUGAAGGAAAGACUUUCUAUUUAUACGUAAGUCAGAAAGAGGAAAAGAAGAUUAUUCUUACAUAUUUUGCUCCAACUCCUGAAGCAUGUAAGCACCUCUGGAAAUGUGGAAUCGAGAACCAAGCCUUCUACAAGCUGGAGAAGUCAAGCCAAGUCCGCACAGUGUCCAGCAGCAAUUUAUUCUUUAAAGGGAGCCGGUUCCGAUACAGCGGCCGAGUUGCAAAGGAAGUCAUGGAGUCAAGUGCUAAGAUCAAACGGGAGCCACCGGAAAUACACAGAGCAGGGAUGGUUCCCAGCCGGAGCUGUCCCUCCAUAACCCAUGGCCCAAGGCUGAGCAGCGUCCCCAGGACCCGCAGGAGAGCUGUUCACAUCUCCAUCAUGGAAGGCCUAGAGUCCCUACGGGACAGUGCCCAUUCCACGCCAGUGCGUUCCUCUUCCCAUGGGGACACCUUCCUGCCUCACGUGAGAAGCAGCCGGACAGAUAGCAAUGAGCGAGUAGCUGUGAUUGCAGACGAGGCCUACAGCCCUGCAGACAGCGUGCUGCCCACCCCUGUGGCUGAGCACAGCCUGGAGCUGAUGUUGCUUUCCCGGCAGAUCAAUGGAGCCACCUGCAGCAUCGAGGAGGAGAAGGAAUCUGAAGCCAGCACCCCAACUGCUACAGAGGUGGAGGCCCUUGGGGGAGAGCUGAGGGCCCUGUGUCAGGGGCACGGCGGGCCCGAGGAGGAACAGGUGAAUAAGUUUGUUCUAAGUGUCCUCCGUUUGCUCCUUGUGACCAUGGGACUCCUCUUUGUUUUGCUCCUCCUCCUGAUCAUCCUUACCGAGUCUGACCUUGACAUUGCCUUUUUCCGCGAUAUCCGCCAGACCCCCGAGUUUGAACAAUUCCACUAUCAAUACUUUUGUCCCCUCAGGCGAUGGUUUGCCUGCAAAAUCCGCUCAGUGGUGAGCCUGCUCAUUGACACCUGAGAAGGCAUGACUCCUCCCAAAAACUAGCCAGGUGGACCAAGGAGCCCGGCUACCCAUUCCCAGCAAUGGGACCCAUCGCGGAACCAUCGGCACAUAUACCAAGUCCUCCUCUCAUGACUCAAAGUCCACUGCAGCCUAGGAGGGUGUUUCCCAGAAGAAGAAAGGGAUAGGCUCACGCCCUGUCUAAACAAACUGGGAAAACUCAUUUUCUUCAGAAGUUAUUUCAAGAAAGGCUCAGCGACUCUGUUUCUCAUCUUUCCAAUUUGCAGGAUAAUUUUUGGUUUAUGAAUUUUGAUUUUUCAUAGAUGUGUAUUAUUUUGAAGUAUCAAAUAAAAAUAAUUUAUUUUACUAUUACUGAUUAUUGCAGUAGUGUCACCUAGCAGAGGGGACACUAGUUGAAGACUAGAGAGCUGCUGUCCUCUGUAUUCUGCAGGAGCUUUCCUGCUGGUGCCACUGGGUUCCAGUAGAUUAGUCACUGCAGCCUCAGCAGGGCAGGCCAGGGAUCUGGACAAUGAGGACUGUUUAGUUUUUUUUGCCAGACAGAACUUUUAAAAAGGUAAACAUCCAUGUAGAAUGAUUAAAUGGAAAGUUGCUUCUUAUGAUGGUCUGAGUUGGAUUUUCUUUUCCUUUUGUUUUUUCAAAUCUGAGCAGAGUGGGCAUCUGAAGGGACCACCGCUACAGCAGCAGCAGCAGCAGGGGUGGGGUAAGUCUGUCCCCUUAGUCUAGAGCCUAGUGGGCAUCACCACAGUUUUGUAUAAUGAAACUAGACUUAACGUGAUUUUUUUUUCUGAAGAACCUCAAGACUUUUAUAGUGCUCCAGGGGCGUUAAAUGAAUUCAGUGGUGCCAGAGAGAGUUCUGUCAGAAAUGUUGGACGAAGUGUGGUUAAGAGAAAGAGUUAAGUUACCUGAGAGACUGUUGAGAUUUGGAGAGCAGUCCUUAUUUUAUAUACACCCCCCGACCCAAAGACUAUUUCAAUUUAUAUUUUAACAACAAAAUGUUAUUUUCUUAACAAUUCAUAUUUUGUUUUUACUUUAUGGAUUAAGAAAAUAGACCCUGAUGAACUAAACGAUGCAAGAAAGAAACUGAUCCUGAGAAUGAAAAGCUUCAGAAAAUAGAAUUCCAAGAUCAACAGCCUUAGAAGGGCUAAGGAAAAGAAUCUUUUAAAAUAGGAUUUCUAAGAGAUGCCUACAAAACACAGAAGGUGACCGUAGCAGAGACCAACACUUAGAUGUAGAAAUGCUGCCCCCUAGGGUCAUCCUCUGCAUAAGUUCUAGGAAAGCAUCACCAUCCUUGCAGAGGGAAGUCCUGGAAGCACACAGAAGCACAGGCAUAGGAAGGGUGAGUGUGGGGUCCUAGGCCCAAGCUCUUCAACUCUAAAACCAAUCACACACAAGAUCCUGUUUUCAUCUCAGGGAGAGAUUUCUAAGUCAUCUGGGGCUUGAGGGCUUAUUUAAGGAUGGUCAAUGGACAUAUUCCUGGACCCACACAAAAGUAGAGCAGCUGCUGAUUCCCUAAUUGGACAGCCCCAAACACAGAACAGAAUGAGUCACUUGUAGAUUUGACCUCCCCUAUUUUGUCCCCUGAGAUGGUAGAACCAUGUCCAUGUUUAGAAUACAACAACUGUGGAAUAAUCGGGGCUCUUAGGGAGAGAUUUGCAUAAUUUUAAAGACAUCCUUUCAUCUGGACCAGAGGUCAAUAAACUUCUGUAAAAUGCUACACAGUAAUUAUUUUGGCUUAGCACGCCUUGCUCUGUCACAACCACUCAAGUCUGCCAUCACAGCACAAAAACAGCCAUAAUUUGUAAAUGAAGGAACAUGGCUGUGUUCCAAUAAAACUUUAUGAAAACAGUGAGCUGAAUUUGGCCUACAGGCCAUAAUAUGCCAAUCCUGAUCUAGACAGUAAAACUGAUCCUUACCAAUAUGUUAGCAGAAGAGGGUCAGUCAGCUCUGUUUCCAUGCCUGACAUGUAUUAAAGAUCUGGGACCUCUUCCCAGUGGAGGCACCAGGGUUGCUUGUUUAAAGGGUGCUUGAACAACUAACCAGCAAAAAGAUGUCUGAUGCCAAAUGGCCAAGUACUGGAAUGCUAAAACACAGCUGGAAUCUAAGAAGGGAAGAGGGCCUCUCUGACCAUUUUCAUACCAGCAACAAUUUAGGCAGAAUUAUAAACAUCUGUUUAUCGAGUGACAAUAUAAACCGAAAGAGAUCCUAGUAGAGAUUAGGGGUCAGUUAAAACCAACUAGCCACUGCCACUUGUCAUCUACAUAGCAAAGGCUUUAUUUAGCACAGGACUAAUGUGAAAAGUAGACCCAGAGAUUAAAAGGCUGUCAGGAGACAGGGGGCUGGUGUCAACCUGGAUAUCUACUGUCUUAUGCAACAUAGAAGAUUACCUUUUAGUGUAGUGCUCCUACCUCAGUUUGUAGAAUCUGGUGUUUCUAUGCAGUGAGUGAUAGCCUCAACUCCGACCUUUCAUAUUCACAUUAGAGACAGAUGCAAUUCCAUAUCCUAGUAUGUUCCUUGUGUCUAGAGUUCUAACAGUACAGUAGUCUAUGCCAUUUCUAACAGCUAAAUUUUGCUCUCUAAACAGAAACUUUAGGGUUGUUUUUUUCCAGGGCUCAUCCCAGAAAAUAUGGAUAGAAAAGUUUCCUUCAGUUUGCUUUUCAAAUAGUGCUUGAAUAAUAAACCUCCUUUGGUGAUUAGUCUUUUUUGGUAUAUCUCCACCAUUAAAAAUUGUUCAAGUUUUUAACCUGGUUAUACUGUGUUCUAACAUGUCUCAUUUUCUCUCAAAAUUAUUUUAUCUCAUUGUAGAAAAAGCACUGGUUUUCAUAGCUUCAUCUAUCAGAGGAAAUAAAACUCUUACUAAAGAAUAGUGUACUGCAUCUUUAAGCAGUAGAGGGUAAACUACCUGCAAAUGUGAAUUUCUUAGUUUCAUUUAAAAUAUAUAUAGUUGUUAACCUUCCGUGUGCCAAAAACUCUUAAGUUACAUUUUCCUUCAAAGCAAUGUACUUUUUUCUACAUAUGCAGUAUGUAGUUAGCAUAAAAUCAUUGGUGCCAUGAAGAUUAUUUUUAAACUUAAAUAAAUAUUUAAAUAUCA